AUGACCCCAUGGGUCACCGGUCUGGCACCUGCUACAACUGCCCGGACUGCCUCCUUUGUAGCCGGUCCUCCAGACUCGGGGCAUGUCACAGACUUGGCUUGCUACGGUGAUGGCCUCGCCCUCGCCUCGCCCUCGCGGGUCCAGCUCCGGUCUCGGGCAGGAGCAAAGUUGGGAGAAAUUCGGUCGGCGGAGAUGACCGCCUUGUCCACCCUCAUGUUCCAGCGACAUGAGAGCCAGCUGCUUGCAGGUGGUGCUGCGGGAGAGCUCUUCCUCAUCGACAUGGGCACCGCGCGCAUCCUCAAAAAGUACGAUGCCUCGUACACCAUCGGCUCCACAGGCGUGGCAAAGCUUGCGGCUGCAUCGGGCGCCGUCUUUGCGGGCAAGCCUGGUGGAAAGGUGCUGGUUCUAGAGCCGGAUACACUGGCUCCCAUCGAGGCGCUCAACGCCCACUUUGGUGCUCUGUCGGACAUGGUGGUUGUCAGCGACAGCCUGGUGGCCACGGCCGGUCGGACAGCCGGCCCUGGCGUCGAUCCGUUUGCCGAGGGUCCGGCGCUGCUUGCCGCCGCCGGCACCUCGCUCAUCAUUGCCUCGCAGCUCGGGGUCUACGAGUCGCACGGGGUGCUGGGCGAGUUUCUGGGGCGGAGCCACGGCGGGCAGCUUGCGCUCUCGGGCCCGCAACAGUUUCUGGUGGACAUGGCCAUGUCGCCGUCGGGCGCGUAUCUGGGCGUUGUUGAGGCCGGCGGAUGCAUGCACAUGCUCUCGCCGGUGCCUGCGAGCUCGACUGAGCCCGGCCCACCGCUGGUCGGCACCUCGCCCGCGAGCGAGCCGCCGCUGGUGGUGAGCAAGGGCACGCCUGCGACCGAGCCACCGACGCUCGGCGUGCUGGGCAUGCCGGACGUGGCGGAUCGGACGGCGCCACUGGGCCUCGGCUCGGUCUACACGCCGUACGCCGAGCUGAGCGGCGGGCCCGAGUCGAUGCUCUCGGCUUGGCCUGUCGGGCUCGGCUACUCCCCGGGCCUUCCGCCGCUUGCCAUUCCGGGAACCAUCAAGGCGUCGCUGCGGAUGGCGGGCGGCAUCGGGUACGCGACCAACACCUUUGGCAUCAAGCGGAACACGGUGGCGGCCCACCGACUCGACGUGCUCGACGCCAUGCGGCACGGCACAAGUCGGCCGGCGGGCCGGACCGCGUCGGGCUCGGUCAUUUCGCGCUCGACCUCGGUCCCGGUCCACCUCUCGGACGCCGGCGGGCACUCGGGCGGCGGGCUGCUGGAGGUUGGGCGGAGCGGGCGCGGGCGCGGGCGUGGGCGCGGGCGUGGGCGCGGGCGCGGGCGGGGCGGGCGAAGCGGGCGCGGACGGAGCGACAUGAAGCGGUCGCGGUCGCACGGGAUGGGCGACGAGUCGGGCCUGGCAUCGAUGCUGGGCCCGCCGCGGCCGUACCGGCUCUUUGUUGUCCCGCAAAAGCAGGUGACGGCGACGCACUUUCGCAUCGGCGAGCACUACAACAAGUCUGAGGUGUUUGCGGCGCUGGAGAACGGGUUCACCAACUGCUUUGUCAACGGCGUCCUGCAAACGCUGUUCACCAUCGAGCCGUUGCGGGCGUCGCUCAUUUCGCACGUGUGCUCUGUCGAGUUUUGCCUUGCAUGCGAGCUCGGCUUUCUCUUCCACAACAUGGGCAAGGCGCAGGGCGCGUCGGCGCAGGCAACCAACUUUGCACGGGCGCUCUCGCACAUCAAGGUUGCGGCGAACAUGUCUGUGCUCGAGCCUGAGGAUCCGGACGGGUCGACGCCGUACCCGCACCUUGUCACAGCCUUUAACCGGUUCAUUGUCCCGCAGCUGCGGUCGGAGCUGGGACACGCUGAUGAGCUUUUCGACACGCUCUUCCGCAUGCAGGUCCGGGUGAGCGAAGAGUGCCGGGUGUGCGGGAGCAACACUGGCAAGGCGACCGGAAGCGACUGCCUCGAGUACGCGAUUCCGUCGCGCGAGCAAGACGCUCUCGGCGCGCGCGUGUGCAAGACGUGCGGCGACUACAAGCCGAUCACUAAGCGGUCUGCGGUGGAGAACCUGCCGUGGCAGCUGGUGGUCAACGUGGGCUCGACCGAGACGAGCGCGGGAUCGUUCUGGCGGUCGCCGCAGGUCAAGGUUGCGCGCGAGUUUGUGGCGGUCUCGGUCGGCGAUGGCGUGCAGGCGCUUGCGCCUGGCGACGCUGUGCCGGCCGGAAGCGAGGUGCUCGGAAGGUACGCACUGUACGCGAGCGUGAUGUACGUGCACCCGCGCGCAGCAGCCGAGGCCAACGAGCCCGGUCACUGCAUGGUGGCGGUCAAGGCGCCGCACGUCGAGUCGUGGCACCUGCUCAACGAUCUCAUCAUCACGCCUUGCUCGGCCGACGACGCUACGACAUUCCACGACGAGUGGAAGGUGCCUGCCGCGCUGUACUACCGCAAGGUGGCCGAUGGCGCGGUGCCGGACAUCCUGCGCGAAGCAUGUGUGGUGACCAACCAUGUGGUUGCUUCGGUCCUUCCGCAGCCGCUCCCGCCUCCGGGCGAGGGCGAGAUGCGGCUGGCGGCGCUCGACGCCGAGUUUGUGGCGCUCUCCAACGACGAGAAGGAGCUCGACGCGUACGGUGAGACGCGGAUUCUGCGGCACCGGCGGCUGGCGCUUGCGCGGGUCUCGGUCCUCCUUGGCGACGAGUCGGUCAUUGUGGACGACUACAUCGCUGCUGCCGAGCCGGUUGUCGACCAUCUAACCCAGUUCUCAGGCAUCCAGCCGGGCGACCUCGACCCUGCCACGUCGCCGUAUCCGCUCGUCACUCUCAAGGACGCGUACCUCAAGAUUCGCUGGCUCGCCGACGCCGGGUACGACUUCCGUAUGAUCAACAUCGUCGUCCCGCACGAGCAGAUUGUCGACACCGUCGACCUCUUCUACAUCGCCAAGCAGCGGCGGCUCAAGCUGUCGUUCCUCUCGCGCCACCUCCUCGACGAGACCAUCCAGGUCGACACCCACGACUCGGUCGAGGACGCGCGCGCCGCCCUCCUUCUCUACAAGAAGUGGCUCGAGCUCAAGGCCGUAUCCGACUACCGGGUCUCGGAGGAGCUGGCCCGGCUGUACGAUGCCGGGCGGGUGCACGGGUGGUCGUAG